AGCGCUAGUUUCGAGGAGGAAGGAAAAAGAAAAACAAAACCAGUAAAAGAGAAGAAGCCGCAGCCGGCGAACGACGCACAGGAACGGCUCAGUGAUGCUCCACCAAGAACCUGCGAAGUACGAUUCACCGCCGUUCUCCGCGCUCGGCGAGCGAGAGAUGGCGGCGACACCGAUGAGCACCGCCGCAUCUACCAGCGGGAGCGGCGUUCGCACGUCGUCGGCGCAUCAGCACUUUAGUCAGCAGCAGCUGCUGCGGCACAGUCUCGUCGGUCGAACUUCCUACGUGGCUGGGAUGCGCAACGCCACGGCCUACGCCCCACCGGGUGACGCCGGCAGCGCGGGAAGCUCCCUCCCCCUCGUCCCCGCCUCUCCCCCGCCGCUCGCCGACUCCGAUAGCGCGGAGGCGGUCAGCGGCGGCGGCGGCGGUGCGUACGCGACCUACGAAGCUGGGGUGGCGACGACGCCGGGUGGGACGGUGGUGCUGCAGCCCUCGUACACAGCGCCGCAGGACGCAGUUCUCACCCCGGUCGGGGAGGACUUUGUGCAUGAGGUGCUGGCGAUGAACACCAUGGCGAUGGAGCAGUGCUACGCGGCGCUCGGCAGCAGCGCGACGCCGUCCAUUGCGGCCGCGACCGAAGAGCCCAUGACGAUCUUACGCGAGGCCUUCAUGCGACUCGAUGACACCUCCGCACAGGACCUGCCGGGGCCGCUGCUAGAUCAGCUGAAGGCGACCACGAUGAACAACAUGGGAGUGGUAGAGUGCAAUCGCGGCCAGCCGCGUCAGGCGCUGAGCCACUUCGAGGCAGCGCGGCAGCUGGAGGAGAACAACGACACCGCUUCCCCUUCUGUGGCCCUCAACACGUGUGCGGCGUACAACGCACUGCGCAUGUACGACAAGGCCACCGCCGCCGCGCUGGAGGCGAUCGACAUGCUGCGUGCGUUGGAGGCGCAGCGGCAACGCAGUCGUCGCAUCAAGGCAGCGGUGUCCCAGCAGCGCUCGCCGAUGUCGACUAGCAAAAGCAUGAAUGCCACCGCUGGCCGCGGUGAUAACAAGACGGCGGACGAGGCAGCGGCGUUGGAUGAUGCGUUGCUGUUGGAGGCUGCGGCUGCCCCACAAAUCGCGGAGUCGCAGAACGCCGCGCUGUGGGGUGCGGCGUGGAAUAACCUGGCCGUCGCGCAGAUCAACACGGCUCGGGAAGCGUCUUCGAAGGACACGAGUGAGUACACCAACACGCUGACGCUCUUUCAGAACGCGAUGCGGGCGACGCAGGACCUACUCGGCCCGCAGCACCCCAUGUCAAAGGCGGUCGUGGAGACGUAUCGCUCCGUCCGCCUGGCGCUGCGCCACCACGGCGCCUUCAAGCAGCACCGCACGCUGCUGCGAGCGCCGCAACCGCCGGUGGACCCGCGUGUGCAGGCGUGGGAGGAGGAGCAAGUCGAGGCCGCCCCCGGGCAGACACGACACAACGCCAUUGUGAAGCAGCGCCAGCAGCUCACCAUCACCUUCCGCGGCGAGGUGACGGGCGGGCAGAAGCUGACUGAGCGCGUUGACGGCUCACCGUACCCGGGCGCUGUGGAGGAGGCAUACCAGAGCCGACGCGGCGCCGCAUCCAGCGGACGUGGCGCACGGACAGACAGCGCCAACCGCAGCAAGCACCGCGGCAAGCGCACCGCGUCCUCGAAGUCGAGGCAGAACAUCAAUGACGGGGUGUUGCGUGGGAUGCCGCACAGCGAGACGCUGAAGCGCGCGAGUGUCGUCUACGGCAACCCCCACCCGCUUCUCUACACCCCACCACCCGCGCAGCUGCAGCAGUUUCAGCCGAGCGAGACGGCGCCGGCGUCGCUGCCCGGUAGCGCGCGAGGGCCACCGCGGGAGAUGGAGAUGCAUUUCAACCGGGACGAUGUCGGCGCUGCGGCCACCACGGGUAGGAAGAUCAACAGCGCACGCAGCGGCCGACCGUCACCGCCGCCGCUGCCGCGCCACCAACCUCCUCCCCCGCAGCAGCAGCAACAGCGCAUCCCGCGACAGCAGAACUCGGCCUCCGCUCGCUCCGGCGUGCAGUCCUCGCAGAACUCCAUGCUGCCGCCGAUUGCACAGGGGAAGAAGUACGGCCAAGUUCCAGCUGACUACAGCGAGAACGCGGGCAGCUCGGUGUUCAUGCACAUCCCACCGCCGCCGCCACCACCGCGGAAUGACUUCUCUGCUGCGACGACAGCGGCGCGUCUGCAGCACUCCAAGAUGCUUCUUCUAGCUUCUCCCUCGUCGGCAGAUGCAUCCUCGGCCGGUCAGUUUGGAGGCUACCUCGCUGCUGACUCCUCUUCUCAAGCGGCGCGUGAGGCUGAAAGCAUUCUCGCGUCCGGCGAGCCGACCAUCCACUCGCGCAAACCUCUCACACCACCCGGCGACGACGGCGAUGAUGUGCACGGCACCGAGAACGCCGCCGCACGAGACGACCACAACCGCAGUGAUAAGCCGUCGCAUGAGCUCUUUCAAGGCAUGUGGGUGACGGCGGACACCAGUUACGUCUACCGCGGGCCACGCGUGUUUGGUUGCCCGGUCUACUACACUAUCUCGACAACGCUGGACGUGGACGAGGACGGCGUGUCAGGCGCGCCACGGAGCACGACGGAGGGCGGAGCCAACCACGGCGACAACAACACGGCAGCGUCGGCGUCUGCGGAAGCGGCGACGGGCGGCGCGGCGCCGCUCGCGUUGACCUACAGCGAUAGCAGCGAUGACGAGGGCGAUGCGGUUCACAACAGCGGUGGCGACCGGUAUUCGGGCAGCGGUGCGCACUCCCCUGCGGUUGGCGAGGACGGCACCGAGCAGGAGAUAUAA